GCCACGGCUUCUGUCACACGCUCAAAAUAGGCUGGCUGAGCUAUCCCCUUCUGGCGGCUUCCUGCCGUCUCGGCAUUGCUGGAGGUUCUACCUUCAGGUGCAUUUAUACAUCUGAAGUGGCCCCAACUAUCUGAGGCUUUUCUUUGAUUUCCUUUCUGCUUACGGCGCCCAGAGAUCUUCUCAUAAGUCACAUUCUAUUUCUUUCGUUGACCAGAAGAGAUUCAACGUGGCUGUAAUCAUCACCCUGCAUCAACAUUAUUUCAACGUUCACGGAAGUUUUUUUUUCUUGUUUAGAAACGUUGGAAUCUACCCUGUGUCUUGAUCAAAGAGCAGAGCCCAUCCCCACAGGCUGCCAUCCAUUCAUUAUCCUUUGCAUAUUUCUUCGAAUGGAACUUUGAGUGAGCCAGAAUCGCUUUUCUUUCCUUUAUAAAGCUUCUGAGAUUUGGUAUCCUAACAUACCAUGCAAUAUCCCUCCAGCGAAACUGAGUCUGAUUCAUCAUCUGGAGAUUGCCUUUCGCCCGAUGCAUCGUUGGCUGACUACGACGACUAUCUUUCAGUCAGUCCUCUGAGAAGCAUCAAGAGAGCGAAGUCGACUCGAGAUGCAUACCCACCAAGCCAGUUUCGGACAUCAGUGGCGCCCUCAUUAAAUCGAAGACCGACAUACCUCAAUGCCAGAAACACGAAUGGACGGAGAUCGAAUGACAGAUUUGAGUCUCUGAGGUGUGCUAGUCAUGAGUGGAGUUCAGCAUUUGAACCCUCUGAUUGUGAGUCAGUACCUGACCUCUCAGACUCCAAUUCUGCAUCCGAGUCUGUUCAAAGUGCAAUCACUCCAACAAAACCGAUGGAUUCUACCUCGUUCUCGUUCGAGUUUCUGGCGUCAGUCAAACAUUUGAGCUUGUCACUUCUUGAACCAAAGCCCUCUACCAGAUCAGUCCCAAAGCCUUCAAUAUUUGAUAUUCCAGAACUUGUCUACAAGAUCAUCGAAUAUGCUGACUUCCAAAACACUGUCAUCCCCAAAGAGACCCUGCCAGUCCGCAGAAGACCACUUUCUUUGCAUCAUGCCACCCUUUUAUAUGACGGCGAUCGUGAAAAGGCUAAGUCAGUCAUGCAAUUACCAACACUGUAUUGCGCAAACAAUUAUUCUGAUUAUAAUGCUUUGCACACCUGUUUAUUGGUUAAUAAACUUUUUCACCGCAUUGCGAAAGAAGUCUUGGGCAAAAAAAUUCUUUUUAGAAAGGAAGAGAAUUACUUGAGCUUUGUGAAUAGUGGAAAGGAAGUAUUCGAGACCACAAAGCCACAGGUCUUUGUCCUCAAUAAGUUGUUCCAUGCGAGGCAGGCUUCGCUCGAUAAAAUUGCUGAAACCAUUGACUAUUCAUCAUUGGAAUGGCUAGAAAUUUUCAUGUGCCCAAGACUUAAACCUUCGAUCUCAUUCUUGCACAAGUCUUUGAAGUCUUUGGUUGUAACAGGCUCAAAGGUUCUAGAUGAUUCAAUGCUUGUAUCUGUUGCCAAAAGAUGUCCCAACUUGGAGACAUUAGACGUAAGGGCCUGUGAGAGAAUCACUGACUCUGGAAUCUUCUCGAUAGGCUCGCGCUGUCAUAACCUAAGAAGUAUUAACCUUGGCAGGAAAGAGAAUGGACACCUCAUUACCGACUACGGCGUUGUGAAAUUGGCUAUCAAGAAUCCACACUUGCAUACUGUUGGUUUGGCCGGGUGCCAUAUCACAGAUCGCACAAUUUGGCAAUUAGCUAUGAGCUGUGGAGCCGGGCUAGAGAGGUUGUCUCUCAACAACUGUGUGCAACUUACAAAUGAAUCGAUACCUACUGUUUUGAGUCAUGAUUUAAUGCCUAUGUUAUCUGUUCUUGAAGUCCGCUUCAUAGAAAACCUCACGGAUUUCGACUCCAUUCUCACCUUCAAGAGAAAACAGAGUGCGAAAGGCAUCAGUGUGCUCAUUGAGACAUGCGAAACGCUUUUGUACCGACUCCAAUCCAGUGAAAAAAAGAUGGACAAUCACAUAUCUCGCAGGAUUUAUCAAGACAUCGCAGAAUGGGCAAACCGAAACGACGAGGACGCCUCUUACGAGGAAUUGAUCAAAGCCCGCGCGGCUAGCAUAAGGCCUAGCCAAAUAUUUGCAUGAGAGACCCGGGUCUCUCCAAUUAUUCAACAACCGAUAAAUAAUUUCAAUUACUUUUACUUGUCGCUUUGGCAAGCAUACGUAGUGACACAAAAGAAACGAAAUAUGAUCUUGUUCCGACUUCUAGCUCGGAGGCACGAGCUAGAUUUGAGACGUCGACGUUUUCCGGCUCCGAUCAAUACGUUUCUUUCAGAGAUAUUUAAGCAGCUGCUAAACCAACAGGGUCAAACGCAACAAGGAGACAUGCACACUGCAUCAAAGUAAAAUUUGGAUGAAUAGACCUCUACUGAAGUGAAUGGUCGUGUGCGGAUCGCCACGUGAUCGUGUGUUCCGCUGCGCCCGCGGCUUCCGCGGUCUAAGUGCGGAUUCUCC